AUGUUGGUCUCCUUGACAGUUGGCAAGGUAGACGCUGGUGUCGCCGUGCUUUUGACUCAAGAUAACAGACUGAUCGAAUUCCCCUCCGUCCUCCUUCCAAACAACAUUGCCUCCGGCAGCAUCGUCGAUAUCACGGUAGCGCGCAACCACUCCGCUGAAACCUCCAGCGCCGCAGGAUUCCAAGCCCUUCAGAAGCGUAUCCUGAACACAUACGGCAUCAAGACCCCCUCCCCACCUAUCCUCCGUCUCCGAAACGCUACGCAGACCUCCCUCGUGUUAGAAUGGGAUCCGAUCGACCUGGCGACGGCGUCCCUGAAGUCCCUUUCAUUAUACCGCAAUGGGUCUAAAGCCGGAUCGAUACCCAGACCCCUUGAGACUCGUAGCACCAAGAUCAGUGGACUGGCAAUUCACACGGAAUAUACCUUCCAUUUGGUUUUGCGCACAUCUGCCGGCACAUACCAGUCCGAGAAACUGACCUGCCGGACUCACAAAAUGACAGACCUUUCCGGAAUCACAGUCACAUCGGGUGUUCUCCCGCCUCAGCAGAAGGAGGCCCUGGGUUCUGCAUUGGAACGAAUUGGAGGCAAGCUUAUCGACUCGGUCCGCAUCGAUACAACUCACUUUGUGUGCACGGACGGAAGAGGUCCCCUCUGGGAGAAAGCGGUGGAAAUGAACAUCCCCGUCGUGGUACCGGAGUGGGUUGAUGCCUGUGAGGCCGAAGGCACUAUUGUGAGCGUUCGAGGCUACUAUCUCAAUGCGGAUCCCAAGGCCAGACAAUUAGGCCCGAUACACGGAUCGGCACACCAUCAGCGUACUACAUCUACACUUUCAACGGCAACCAACGCCCCGGCACAGUCUCGGACAAGUCUCCAGCCUCAACCCAUCCAAGAAGAGGAGCAGCCAGGCGAACCACCACUCACUCCUUUCCCGGGUGCAAAUAUGAACGGCCAACCAACGGCAGAUGAAAAGGAAGUGUCUGAAGACGAAGACGACGAACAGUCACCCCCACCGCCACCCCCAAAGGAUAAUUUCCCAGAAAUUAAGGAACCGGGUUCCGAGAAUGAAGACAACGACGAAGGACAGGCUAAGCAAAAUGGCAAAGCAGAGUCCGCAGAGGCAGCUUCUUCAUCUGAUAACGACAAAGAGGACGAAAAGGAGCAGGAAAACACCUCUCCCGAGGGACAAUCAGAAGACGAUAAACCGGCCAGUAAUGGAAAGAAGGCUAAGGGAAAAGAAGGCGAAGGGGACUUUAAUGAGGUUCCUCUUUAA